AUGGCCGAAUCCGACGGGCCAAACCAGGCCGCCGCCGGCGCCACCACUCCAGGACCUGAGUUUCCUCGUCCAACAGACAAUGAACGCCCUAGGCGUCCGUCUGUAGCCUCCAGGAUAUCCUACAAGGUCCGCAGCCUGUCAAAGGACUUUGACGAGUCAAACCCGCCCGUCGGCUUCAUGGCUGCCAGCAGCGAAUUCGCCUCAUCAGCCAUCGCCGGCGCAGAAUCCCCGAGGAGAAACAGCUACACUAACAGCGCCCACUCUCUCCCCCGGCGGCGCACCACCAUGUCUGACCAGUCCGUCGACCCUGCUCCACGCGAGAGCGCCGAGUUCAACACCGCGGCGGACCGCCAAAAAGACGCCAAGACGCCAACCACAACACACGACCACAAAGGAGCAGCCCCAGUCGCGGCGGGGCCAACCUCAGACCCAGUUGAGAAGGACUCCUCGACAGCAACCUCCAACGAGGCCACGAUCGCCGCCCCGGGCAGCGAGCCAGGGCCCAAGGCGCACGACGACAAGCCCGCGGCGCUGACCGAGCCCUUCGACAACGGCUACCACUUCCCGCCCUCGUACCCGAAGCGGGAGGCCUUCAAGCACGGCACCAUGGCCUUCCUGCGCUACUCCAUUACGCCCGUGGGCUUCUGCGUCGUGCUGUACGGCCUGAACGUGGUCGCCUGGGGUGGCAUGCUGUUCCUGCUGCUCUGCAACGCCUCUCCUGCCAUGUGCUACCCGAACUGCAACGACAUCAACUCGCCCCGGCGGAAGUGGGUCGAGUACGAUUCGCAGGUCCUGACCGCGCUCUUCAGCCUGACUGGUUUCGGUCUCGCGCCGUGGCGCUUCCGGGACCUCUAUUACCUCAUGAAAUACCGCCUGCAGCACAAGCCGGAGGGCCUGCGCCGCCUGGCCGGCAUCCACCGCAACUGGUUCCGCAUGCCCGGCACCGAGGCCCUCCCCGUCGAUGUCGGCCCGAAGAACGUGGAGGAGCUGGUCAGCGCGGGAGCCGUGCAGGAGGGCCUCGUCCCCGUCCCGAUGAGCAAGAUGCCCGAGGCGCCGCUGACGGGGGUCCGGGCCCCCGCCACGAAGGUGUGGAAGAUGGACUUUAUGAUCUGGAUGAUGGUCUGGAACACGCUGUUCCAGUGCGUGCUCUCCGGCGUCAUGUGGGGGAUGAACCGCUACGACCGCCCCAGCUGGUCGACGGGCCUCUUCGUCGCGCUGGGCUGCAUCGUCGCGGCGGUGGGCGGGCUCAUCAUGUUCUUCGAGGGCAAGAAGGUCAAGAGCAUCGAGGGCGUGCCCCUCACGGACCGCGACAGGGCCAGGCUGGAGCGGGACCAGGAGAUGGGCAUCACGCACUACAACAACAUCAAGGACAAGCCGCUCAAGAAGGAGAAGAGCAAGCGGAGCAAGAAGAGCAAGAACAGCGACGCCACCGAGAAGGCGGCUUCUUGA